UUAAAGCACGUAGCACACACGAGUCUGUCUAGCAGCUGCUCCGAAAGCCACUCUUGAUCUAAAUUUUAGUACUUAUUUUAAACGCAUUCUAUCUGCGCAUGUUGCGUGCAUUUCUUCGUCCAACCAUGAAGCGGUUUUCCCGACGGCCCGUCUCUGAUGAACAGAAGGCCCAGGCGCAGGCUCAGAUGCGCACCCAAAAUCAAGACCAAGGCCCGAUAGAGAUCUUUCUGUCAGUGGCCACUGUAUCGUCGCUGCCUCAAACCAAUUCGCAACCACAAAUACAGCCAGAACCUCUUCCGCAAGAUCAAAAAGAGAAAGACAAAGAGCUUGUCAAGGAGAAUGAGUCUGAAGCCCUCGAAAGCGGUGCCCAGGGUGAUACCGAACAGUCAGAUAAUGAGGCCGGUCCAGCUUCCUCGACGGUUGUCCAUGCCACCGAAGAGCAAACAAACGAGGGCGAUCCUGCACAGCUGAAGGAGUUAGCUGGACGCAAGCAGAUUGCAAGGCUACUAUCCCGUCUUGGCGAUGGGGCCGAGGGUGAUGGCGAGACCAACCAGAUCGUGAUGGAGUUGCUUGGCAGCCGGGACAAUCCCUCACCGCUUUUACCGCCCUCGGCCAUUGAACGUGUCUCCGAAGAGCAACUGCGCGUGCUGCGGGAGCAGACGCUGAUCGAGGCAGGUAUAUCCACCGGCAACGAGCGCUAUCGCUGCUUCAAAUGUGUCCUCCAGAACUACGCUAAGAUCUACGCAGCGCGCCACUUCAUGGAGAAACUGCCACAGCUAGAUCAACUUAGGCAGGAUGUGGAUGUAGAUCAAAGAGUGUUCGCCCGCGUUGUGGCGGAAGAGGUGUUGCAAAUUCCGGAGCUGCUUCGUCAGCUGUGGUCGUCGUUAGAUAAGAUGGAAUUCUUUAAUGAGGACACCGCGUUCAAGGCAUAUCUAGAGGCCCGGCGCCAUCCGCAGUCGCGCAUUCUUUGCGAACUCAUGCUCACCCGCAUCUCUCGCGUCUUUCUGUGCAUUGUCAGUUCCACGUUUUUCCUAGAUUUUACUGAGCAUGAACUCACGCACAUUCUGCGAAACUGUUACAUCAGCGUCAACUCGGAGAUUGAGAUAUUUCUUUCUGUGGUGCUUUGGUUGGAACACAACUGGUUUGAGCGGGGUGACUGCGCCGAACGCAUCAUGGCGGAGGUGCGCUUUUCCCUGAUGCCGACUUGGUAUCUUUGCACGCUAGAGAGAGCUAAUUGCUGCCGCCACUUUGCUCGGGUGAUUCAUAUUCCUGGGGUGCAGCGUAUGAUUGCCCAAGGCCUGGAAGACGCUGUGACACUUAAGAGUAAGUUCCGCUUAAGUGGUGCCACUGGUGGACCGUCCACUGGUCGCCCACAACACCAGGCGCAAACUCAAGAAGACCCACAGAUGGCCCGCGACUGGAUCGCAGAUACCGAGUGCCGUCACCACCAUAAGCGCCACUGCGACCGUUUCGUUUAUCCUACGUACGACGCAUUCAAGGAAUACCUUGCCAGGAUUAUCUGCUGCGCGCCCAACUAUUGGCGUACAUUCCGACCCGCUAAAGAGGUUUAUCGCAGCGAUUUUCGCUGCUGCUCACCGCCCCAUUUUAACUAGUGCCUGCCUUUAUUUUAUUACUUUCCUGCUCAUCCGUGCAUGUCCGGCUUUCGGCUUUGCGGCUUAAAUUUAUUGUUCGAGGAUUUUUAUUCGGGACCAACGAGAAUCUGUAUGUCCCCGAGCACGGUAUCUUUCUAUAACCACUGUCCUUUUAGCAAUACCAACCCCAAUUUCGUUUCCCCGGCAUGGCAACAGGCAUUGGAUACAGGGACACCAGCGGGGAAGAUCUAUAGUUUUCACUUCAGUGUCUAUAAGCUGUUUAUUAAUAUUUAUGUAAAUUAGUUUCUCGGAGCAAGCAGCACUUGCUACGUAUAUUGAUUGCCUGGAAAGCCAUAAAUUUAGCAAUUUAAACAAAAUAAAUAUUUCGUAGCGAUCAAUAAGCAAA